AUGAGUAUACAUCUGCUGGUGCCGUAUACACCACCGGAAUGGCGUAGGGUUCGGAGUCUUUACCACAGUACUGAUGUCAAUGAGUUGAAUGAAGCGCUACAGAUUUUGAACAUGUGGACCAAUCGCAUGGGCGAAAAAAACGCCAUCUUCGUCAUCUGCACGGAGCUGAUCGUGCGCUGUGGCUUAGAAGAGCAAAAGCUUCGCCUCAAGCCGGACGCUUCCAAAAUGGAGCAGUACAAGCUGCUGAUGGGAACUUGUAUCACACGG